AUGAACCGAUUCACGGGAAGUUUACUUGUCCUGGUUGCUCUUGCCGUGGGAGUUUACUCCGCGGCCAUAGAUGGACCGAUUGAUUUCUACAAGCUGUAUGACAAUCCCGAGGCUCACAUUAGCCUCAAGAGUAAGGCAACGACGGCUGACCGCACUGCCGCUCACGGAUAUCCUUCGGAGCACCAUCACAUAGUUACCGAAGAUGGUUACAUUCUGGGAGUUUUCCGAAUUCCCUACUCCCACAAAUUGCAGAACCAGAAUGAAAAGCGACCCAUUGUCCUUCUUCAGCAUGGACUGACGAGCUGUUCGGAUGCCUGGAUUUUGCAAGGACCCAAUGAUGGUCUGCCAUAUUUGCUGGCGGAUGCGGGAUUCGAUGUUUGGAUGGGCAAUGCUCGUGGAACUUCCUAUUCGAGAAACCACACGACGCUCUCCCCGGAUCAUCCACAUUUCUGGAAAUUCAGUUGGCAUGAGAUCGGCAUCUACGAUAUAACCGCCAUUAUUGACUACGCCCUUAGAACGGAGAACGGUCAGGGACAGGAUGCCAUCCAUUAUGUUGGACAUUCGCAGGGUACUACGGUGUAUUUUGCACUAAUGUCAUGGAUUCCCGCAUACAAUUAUAAGAUCAAAACCGCUCACAUGUUUGCCCCGGUGGCUAUAAUGAAGAACUUGUCCAGCAGAUUGGUGCGUUCCGUGGGUCCAUAUUUGGGUCAUAGGAACACAUAUUCAGUGCUUUUUGGCUCACAGGAGUUUGUGCCUCAUAAUGAGUUCCUCAUGGCCAUAUUCUUUAAUAUCUGCCAACCGGACUUCAUGUUGCGUCCAGUGUGUGAAAGUGCCGUGGAGAAACUUUACGCCGGAGGUCGUGUGAAUAUGACUGCUAUGCCGGAAGGUAUGGCGACCCAUCCUGCAGGCUGUUCCACCGACCAGAUGUUGCACUACCUACAGGAACAGCAAUCGGGUUACUUCCGUCUAUUUGAUCAUGGCACCAAGAAGAAUCUAGAAGUCUACGGAACUCAGGAACCCCCAGAGUAUCCUGUCGAGUUGAUCAAUUCCUUGGUGCACAUGUGGUAUGCCGAUAGUGACGAUCUCGCCGCUGUGGAGGAUGUCGAGCAAAUAGCCAAAAGAUUGCCCAAUAAGGUGAUGCACCACAUGGCGGAUCCGGAGUGGAAUCAUGGAGACUUCGCAUUGAACUGGGAAGUUCGUAAAUAUGUCAACGAGCCAGUAAUUGCAAUCAUGAAGGAAUUCGAGUCCAAAAACAAUGGCACGUGAUAAAUAGGUUUCCUAAUCUCUAAUAUAACUUAUACCUGCGGUAGUCGGAUUUAUUUUAAGUUUUCACAUAAGCUAGUCACACUUAUCCAAAAGUUAUUUUCAAAGAGAAAAUAUUAAAAAAUAUAUUACAUAUAUAUGUA